UACUCGAUAAUAAAAAAUUUUAAUUAAUUAUAUAAUUUUUUAAUCGUUAAUCCAAUAAAGCUUUGGAGUUGGAUGGGAGCAGCAGCCGAGCUCGCGAGUUGUGAUUUCUAGCGGAGAAGAAGAGACCUCCAACAAGCAAAAGCUAAACGCAGAGUAUAAUUUUUAUUUAUUUAAUAAUUAAAGACCCAAAAAGAAAAUGGAAACCAUUGUUUCAAAUUUUCAUUCGGUGGUCAUAAAUUCUUUAAUUUCCAAAAAGGCCCCACCAUAUAUACCUAUAUUUCCCAUUCGCCAGCUACGCAUCAUCUCGCCCUGCUCUCGGAGUCGGACUUCCAUCUCCUUAACACUGAGGAUGGCUCACUCCGCCCAAAGUCCAGUUCCUCAGCAGGAGAAAGUUAUCAUACCAAACAAACAUGGUGAAAAACUUGUGGGCUUAUUACAUGAUACUGGAUCUAAGGAGAUUGUUGUCUUAUGCCAUGGUUUUCGUUCCACUAAGGAAAAUGAAACCAUGGUGAACCUUGCUGUUGCAUUAGAAAAUGAAGGAAUCAGUGCUUUCCGUUUUGACUUUGCUGGAAAUGGAGAAAGUGAAGGUUCAUUUGCAUAUGGUAAUUAUUGGAGAGAGGUUGAUGAUUUGCGUGCCGUGGUUGAACACUUCUCUGGAGCAAACCGUGCUGUAAGUGUGAUUCUUGGGCAUAGCAAAGGGGGCAAUUUGGUGCUCCUAUAUGCUUCAAAAUAUAGCGAUAUCAGUUCGGUAGUCAAUGUUUCUGGUCGUUAUGAUCUGAAUAGAGGCAUUGAGGAACGGCUUGGGAAAGACUUUAUGGAAAAGAUCAAGCAAGAAGGAUUCUUUGAUGUUAAGAACAAAACAGGAAGUGUUAACUAUCGUGUGACUCUAGAAAGUUUGAUGGAUCGCCUGAAUACAAAUAUGCGCAAAGCUUGCCUUCUGAUUGAUAAAGACUGCAGGGUGUUCACUGUUCAUGGAUCUGCUGAUGAAAUCAUUCCCGUGGAAGACGCAUUAGAGUUUGCCAAGAUCAUAUCUAAUCACAAGUUACACAUCAUAGAAGGAGCUAAUCAUUCAUACACUUCACACCAAGCUGAGUUAUCCUCUGCUGUUUUGAACUUCAUAAAGGAAACCUUACAGCAGGACAAGGGCACCCCUAACUAGGCGGUUAUAGUUUUCAAGAGAAGAGCAAGCUGUGCAGCCAGUGGCGUUAUGAUGUAGUAGUUCAUGGUGGAAACUUCCCUACACUUUAUUGAGAGGUGUUUUAACAACGUAUUUUAUGAUAUCAUUAUACCCUUGUGUUGUAGCAAAUAGUAGAACCUAUUCUUCACUGAGAAGGGUGGAUUGGUAACUUGAUAUGGGUACAAUAAAUUUCUGCCAAAGAUCAUUCGAGUGUCAUGAAAACUUCAAUCUGUCCAAGGUCAACAUGUUUUUAGAACACUGUUGUACUGAGAACUGAAUUCAACUUGGAUAUAUCAUUUGUUUCUCCUUUA